AUGGCUUCCCAAGCUGACAUGCAAGACCUUCUCCGUCUGCUCACAACUGGUCGUAAUAAAGUCCCAAUGCUUACAGCAAUGCAGCGGGUUAAAGCCCUACAAAUCGCAUCCAUAAACCCCUCCAUCUCAGUCGUCGCAUCCACGUCUCUUGACACUCUCCAGUCCGCGCUUUCUCUUGAUGAGAAAGCUACGAAGUCUCUAAUUACUGCUUGUAAGAAUGCUAGUAAAACUGCAGGUAAACGAUCCGCGAGCGAGACUGAUGCCACAAGUAAAGGAGCGUCAAAACGCGUCAAAACAUUCGAAUCGGCAUAUUCUUUGCCAGUCGAACAAACGGAAGAGGAGUUAGAGAAGAGUCUGGAGCUACCAGAAAUUGUGAGAGAUGAAGAGAGGAUUGAGAAGACUACUAUUUAUACAAAUAGAGCACCUCUAGUAUUGGCAUGGACAUUGCAAUUAUUGAAGUAUACGAUGCCGGGACAGGGGUUAAGUGGGAGAUUGAGUUUGGCGCAGGCGCUGGUUAGUGCGAACAGUAAGAGUAAAGCAGAGAGCCUAGGUCUGAAAGGGAAAUGGAAGGAUGAGGAUGAAGGGAAGGGAUGGCCUAAGGUAAAGAUCAUGGGGAGGGAGAUCGGCGUCUUGAAGAGAGGAGGCUAUGAUGGGCCAGAGGAAAUCAAAGGAGAGAGUGAGGUUAAGAAGGAAGAAGACAGUAUUGCAGUUAAAAACGACUUGAAUGAUGAAUGGGCCGUCUCCACACCCAUAAUAUCUAAGGGUUCAACGUUCAUUGCUCGCUCGAUAUCUGUAUCUUCAUCCAGUCAAGCUCGCACCCAUCUUCAAACCCUCCUUAAGGAUACCUCCAUCUCGGAUGCAAGUCAUAAUAUUACAGCCUUCCGUGUUCAAGGUGAACAUGGAAUCAUCGAAGAUUGUAAAGACGAUGGCGAAUCAGGUGGCGGUAAACAUAUCCUGGGAGUGCUUCAAAAUAACAAUAUAGUUGGGGUUCUACUUGUUGUCUCAAGAUGGUAUGGAGGUGUUAUGUUAGGGCCUGACCGCUGGCGGAUCAUGUCACAAGUUUCUAAUGAUGCAUUGUCACAACGCUUAAGAGUCGCGGGAAACAUCAGAGGAGGAGAACAAUUAUGGGGAUUAGACAUUGAAGCUAUUAGUUCGUCAGGUGGAGGUAGUAUGCCUAUUCAUAGGCCGGAGGGAGCGAGAAAAUACAUCCUGAAUGCCUUUGCUUCGCCACCCGCAGAUGAGAACGAUGAGAGAGGAAAGGGCAAAAAGAAGAAAACUGCGAAAACUUUAGCUGAAGAAAAAGAAAACAAUCUAGGAUUGCUGAUGGGAGCACUAGAUCUGUUGUUUGAGAAUUGGGUGGAGCAUAUCGGAAAGGAGGAGUUGGAUAGGAGAGCUUGGGGAUGGUAUGUGCAGGUUAGACCAGAGGUGGAGAGUGGUGUUGCAGGGUGGGGUGGAAAAGGGGUUGUGAAGUUGAGUGACAUAUUGGCAUUAAGGAGGAACUUGUGA